GUUGUCCAAAUCUAGUGUUCUUACUUCAGCUCUUCAAGCGCUGCACUUUCCCUAUUCAUUCUCUUAUUUCAUUAUAACUGCUAACAAACUAAUGGUUGUUCCCCUUUUUAGGCGACCCCUCUUCCAUUACCUCCCAGAACCAGAAGGAAGAUCUAAUAUAAAAAAUGCUGGAGACAAGAUGAGCCUGAAUACCAGUGCCGAGGUUCAUUCCUGCGACGUUGUGACUACAGCACAAAAUCAUGAUAGUGGUACUAGUGCCGGUGAUGUUACACCGGCAGUCGCAGUUGGUAAUAACUCGAGAGAGGGGCGGGCUGAUAACUCUAGAGACGAGGGAGUCGCAGUUGGCGCGAUGGCUGAUAACUCUAGAGAAGGAGUAGAGCAUGAGAAGGUACAUGCGUCUUCGGAUACUGCCGCUAGCGAUUCGUCGCAGCAUGCUCAUGCCGUGGAAGAACCGACAUUGAGUGCUGGUGCAACUCCUCACCCUAGAUGUGUUGAGCCAACUACAGAGGAAGGUGCAAAAGAGAACCUCCACAGCAGCUAUGCGAAUAAACAGGAACACGACCAGGAUACUACUAGAGCAGCAUCUUCAAGUUCAGCAUCAUCUUCUAUUUCACCUAGUGGUAGUACAAAAAGGAUCAUCAAAGACGAUACAAGAACUAUACUAGAUUCAGAACAAGUGUCUCAGCCUCCGCCUACCGGUGCUCCUGACGCGUCAGCUCCUUCGUAUCCUCGCGUUCUCCCUGAGAAGAUAGAUCCACAAAGGACAACGAUCUUUACAACUGAUAAGGACUUGUUCCAGCUGAUCCCUUUCGGAGUGCAAAUAGUGGAUCCGUUUGACUUCUCUCUCACUUCGCCUCAGGUCGUGCGAGACAAGCUUGUUAAGGCUAGGCUUUAGGUGUUCUUGUUGCCGUUAGUUUAGCCUUUCUUAAGGGAGACAGUGACCACUUACUCUUACAAUCCAGCAACAAGCUAGAUUCGCGGGUAGAAAUCGCCAGGGAAAUCUUAGGCAGGCAGCCGACGAGUAGCUUCAUCCUAUCAAGUAGGGAGAGACGAGGCGCAACGCACUGAAAUUUCAGAAGCUAAGACCAAGACAGAGCACACCUCUAAGCCUGGCGUCCCUCCCGAGCGCGUCGCUGAAGCACUCGCUCUUCUAGGCGAUGCAUGUGACUGCAUCACUGGCGUCCAUGGGUUGGGACCGAAACGCUUAGCAGAGAUACUAGAUCGCGUUCCGAGACAUAUGACGAUCACGGAAAUCUUAGACCUGUUUAAGCCUUGUGUCGCGGAAGAGAAUAAAGUGCAGGUGGCAAUGGCUGUGCCGACAGGUUCAAGAACCCCAGGAGAAACACCGACUAAUACGACGUCGUUCCCUUUACCUACCUCAUCAUCAACGCUGGAAAGUUCGACUAGAGCCCCUUCCUCUCUGACCUCCUCCUCUGCUGCAAUAGGAAGUAGUACUACUGGAAGCACAUCCGCCGUGAUAGCAAAUCUUUCUGCUGCUUUCGAAGCAGGUACCUCCGUGAAGCGGAGAGUGAUCGGAAAACAAUUCGGAGAGAUGCCGGGCACCACGGUCGACGAAGCACGACUUGAUGGCGUCGCAGUCAAAGCAGCUGGUGGAGAUGAAUCAGAAGAUAUCACUACUAGAACUGCAGCCGCCAGUGACACAACAGCCAGUUGUAUGCCAAGUUUCUCUAGUACUAGCGCAAUGCCUAGUUCUUGUUUUAGCACAACGCCUGGUUCUUCUUCUAGUAGCACAACAGCUAGUACGCCAGAUUCUUCUAGUACAACUGCGACAACUAGUUGCGAUUCUAUAGGCAUGAGAGCAGCUGCGCCAAGUUCUAGCACGCUGGAUGCUACCAGCAUUUCACCCUCUGCCUCUCCCUUCAAGUCUAGUCCUUUGUUGAAAUCUAGUCCGACGGUUCUGAAGGCUAUAUGGGACGCGCGUAAGCGCAUCCUCGAAAACCAUGAGCUGACUCGAUUGCCACCACCAAUGCCCGUCAUCCGCUCGCGUGCUCCCAGGCUACUCAAAUUUCGAUGCGAGCUUGCUGUAGAGCGUGCUGAGAGUCAGAAAAGUAUCCCGAAGAUGCAGUUUUUUGCCCGCCACCUCUACCCAAACUUGCCGAACGAAGCAGUGGGUGGCCUAGGAAGUUAUGGAAAAAGUUGGCACUUGGCAGUUGGGUUCUACUCAUAGAUUAGAUACUAAGUAUGCAUAGUACUAUAUCUAUGUAAUAUAUCUAUGCCAAUGAAUAUAUAUGUAGUAUAGUACAUCUUCAUCAUGCUGCCAUAAAAGUUAUGAAAAGUAGGUAUCUUCAGUCUCAGUCAGAUCAUUGACUUUUACGCCGCCAAUGAAUAUCUUAUCAAUCUAGGUAAUAUUAAUAUCACUUUACAGAACGCUUGCAUGGGUGGAAGUCCUCGUGUACAAGCAAUAACAUGAACAUGAGCGUUCCCUUGGUGGCUCUUCUAAUCUGAGAAGCAUCGGCAACCAUUUUUUUUGCAGCACGACAUUGAAAGUCUCUAUCGCAGCAACCCUGACUGUGCCCGCUUUAUCCGUGCACUAGGUGGUUGGAAAUGUCCGCCUCGGAACAAUCAGCAAGAUAGAUAUCGAGAGCUGCCACCACGCCACGGAAAGUAUGAGCGCGACCAAGGCUAUCCAGCGGAACGUCAAAAAUGGAGACACCAUCAAAGCGGGGAUCCACGUUAUAGAAGGAGGGACAACCGAGAACAACGUCGUGAUAGUCAAGAUUAUAUUCCUUUCCGGAUCCGGGGAGAGGAGCGACGACCACGCCAGCAGCACAAUACUGGAGAACAUGGCUACGACCAUUCGGACUCUCGUGACCAUCGAAACCAUGAUAGGUCAAGAGAAGAUCGCCCGCCGCAUGAUCUUCGAAGGUGGCAGGAGAGGGAUUGCGUAGACGAAGGUUUCCAGUCAGGGCCGCAAUAUCAUGACUCUCGUAGAAGAGCAGAGGAUGAGUAUCCUACGCGACGUCAACAUCUUCAAGGUGAGACCUGGAAGAAUUAUAACGAAAGGCACAACAGCUGCGACUACCGCGAGAAGAAGUAUCACAAUCACAGUCACGAGGCGAGGUACAACAACCGCGACAGGGGACGUACUUUUGAAAUACGUGACGUCAGCAAUGCAGGUGAUGCUGAUUUGGAUGAAAAUCCUGAAUUUGCGUCGGCCUCUCCAUCGACGACCACAACAACUAGGAACAAUGAUACUAGAAGUAGGAACCGAAGCCGCUCCUCUCAAAGAGCAAGGUCGUCUUAUUCUGAGCAAGCAAACGAAGACCUCCAAAAAGUUCGAGAACAAGACCCUGGCCCUGCUGGAGUAGAAGUUCAAGUCAAAAGACCGGCCGCACCGCGCAAAAAAUGGAGUCUCACAGUCCUCUAGCCUAUAUAUUUCAACCGUUGUAUGGUAAAGGUAAUUUGGCGAAUUAUGUUUUCAUUUCGCAUUCGCUCCCAGUAGUUGUGAACAGAAAAAAACUGAUUACUUUUGUAUUUGAAUGAAAUAGAAAUAUAGGAGGGAAGUGUGCUGGAAAUCGUGACUAGAAUUGAGAAGUAAGUGUGACUUGUUUUGGCUAGAAGAGACCCUUGAUGUUGUACAGCGACGUUGCACGACCCAUGACUGAUUAGCUGUUGACUGGCUUUGGCUAAUAUCUCUUGGGGAGGUAUGUAGAGUAGAAGAUAUACAAUAUUGUCGCUCUGGAAACGGAGCCGUUCGUUCACGUUGGAGCAAGGAGUACUAAUAAAUCGCACUCAUGCAAGAAGCACGCAAUACAGAAACACUUUGAAGAUCACAAGUCGUGCAGGCAAGAAGAUAACAGAACGCCUUUUUUUAGAGGAGAUCGAUGCAGACUCCUUGUACUCAC